CGCGUGAAGUCUAUUUGACUCUGGGGAGGAUUGAACCCAGCGGCUUGGACGGCAAUCUGGUCUAGAACCGAACGAGAAUCCCUCAAUCACAUGAUUUUUCUUCUUGCCUUUCUUCAUUGACCAUGUUUGAUCAAGUUCUCCUGGACAUUGCCGCCGCCUUUCCCCCGUCUGGCAGCGCUGCUCUGACUUCGCGAUGCAUCUGGCCGCCAGGAAGCUUUCUGUCGCAGGUCCCCACGACGACUUUGCCCCCGCGCGAUUCAGAUCGCCUCGCCAACUCUACAAGCUCCUCCUCUAUCAUUUCGCGGGAUGGCUGAUCACGGCGGCGAUUGUCGGCUCCUUCUAUGGCGUCCUGGUGCACUACUCGGACAAGGGGGUCAUGCUGUACAAGGACAAGCGCGUGUUCAACGCCGUCAUCAUCGCUCUGAGCAUCAUGCUGUCGCUGAACCUCGAGAGCUGCCUCAAGGCGAUGACGGGGGACCUGCGCUGGUGGGUUCUCAGUCUGCGAGACUGGACGCUGCCCGAGGCCGAUUUGAUCUUGCAGAGCGAGCACUUUAGCUAUCUGCUGAAGCUCUUUGUCGUGGCGAGCCAUUGGAUCUUGCGGAUUGUUAUUGUCUCCUGGAUCCUCCUUCAUAUUGCGGCCCAAGUCGCUGUGGCCACGAUAGGCUUGACGCAUACUGUCGAAACCGCUGCCCAUGCCACGGUCACCCGACCCGGCCUUGUCACCGUCCCGGACAUGAGCCAGAUUGAGACGACCAGAGUCAUCAAGUCGCCGACCCACGCCCACGCCGCCCUGCGCUACACGGCCAACAGCUACGGCCAGAUCGCGCUGGGCUACAACUGGGCCACUCUCGAGCAGCGUCCCGAACCAGGAACUCUGUGGAGUCCGGAAGGGAAUCUGCUCUACUGCGGUUUGGACAGGUGCGAGUUUGUCUUCUACGACGCCAACCCCUCCAAGAGACAGAGUUACCUGACUGUCGUGACGGACCGAUCCGUGGCUUCUGUCGCCCACUGUGAGGCGUAUCGCGUCAUCCGAGGCGGCGAUGGGAAUUCGACAACCAUUACGAUUGACGACGCGGAUGCUUCCGAAUUAGAGGUACCCGCCAUCAACGGUGAUGAUCAAACCACCUUCCUCACCGCCACGGAUGCAGGCUUCGACGGUCCCACGGGUGUUGUCCUCGCCUUUGAGGCGUCAAGGACGAAUCCGUGGUUCUACGCGUGCAACGUGACCGUAGAGCCCGUGCAGAACGCAGUGCUCCCGGAGCAUGAGCUCGGCGCCAACGUAUCCUCCCUGGCUUCCGUGGCCAUCGCCCUCCAAGCCUACGGUGCCUCGACACAGGGCUCCUCGGCCGCCGGGAUGGGCGCAGCACGGCAGUUCCAGAGCUAUCCCGCCGCAUCGACCUAUGGCGACCCAAAGGGCGGCAACGCCAGCGCGAUGGCGCUGAACAUGGCCAGCUUCUCGACAGGCGUCAUCGCCGUGACGGCCCUGGCCAACAAUGACAUCGACAUUCCGGGCCAGCGGCCUCUGGGAGGCGUAGAGCUCCGCAUCUCGGACUGGACGGCUCUGCACACCAUCCUCGGCCUCAUUGCGGGCGUGCACUUUCUGCUGGGCCUGGUGACCUGCCUCGUCGCGAAUAGGGUGGUUGUCCAGACGCGGACUGAGCUCGCCAUGGCGGAGCUGCUGAGGCCCGCGAGCCAGAAGCUGGAGUAUCGGCAUGUGCAGGCGCGCAACAGGCCGGAGCCGACGAUUCGGUACACGACGGGGGACUGGGAUGAGGCGUAUGGGUUCCAGACCAACUGCGCGCUGGAGGUUGUAGACUAGGACGACUGGUGCGAGGCCUGAUGUAUCUGGCGGCAAAACAAAGACUUCGAUCCAGCUGAGGACCUGCGAGUGGAUAUUGCUCGACUUCACUCAGAUUCACCACCCCGCCGGGGCAAGUGUUGGGACAGACAGCCCGUCACUCGUGUCUUCUGCUCUGCUGCGUCGAUGAAAACUCGGUCGAGUCGUUCCUUCCUUUG